AUUGAUUGGAGAAGCUGUACUUGUGUUUGUGGCAUUGAGCACAUUUGCCAGUCAACAGGAAACCUUGUGUUUGUGUGUCACGGCUUUCGGGGACAGCGGCAUAAAUGCGUGCAUGGGAGGUACAUUAACAAAGCAUUGAAUUUUUUUUUCAGGAAAACUGGAUGUUCAAUAAUAUCAAUUGUCUGAUAUAUUAUAUUGGUGAGUUGCGUAAAUAACCGCAUAAAUUUGCAGGGUGCAUAUACAUAUAAUAUAUAUAGCGGAGGUUUACUCGCAUUUGCAACUUCCUGAUGAGGUGGAUAUCUACAAAUCAAAUAUCUAACUGCUCUUUUCUUUUAAUCAGAACCCGUUACAUUUGGAGGGCUAUACGAUGGGAGAUGAGAUCGGCAGGGGGGCCACAGGCAUCGUGUAUUCAGCAAAGUCUACUGAAACAGGACGUACUUAUGCAGCCAAAAAGUUGGCUAUUGAGGAUGCGUCCAUCAACGAAAUCUGCGUUCUGACUCAGCUAAAGAAGCACCCAAACAUUGUAGAAUUCAGGGAAUCCAAACUGGGACGGGAUGGGGAAACACAAGUACUUUUUGUCAUCUCCGAGUUCUGUCCUCUUGGAAACAUUGGCGACUACAUCCUCAAACAACAAGUUGACGUUGUCACAAAGAGAAAUCUUGCUGUCCAGCUAGCAGAUGCCAUAACGUUUCUGCACAAGAAUGGGAUUGUUCAUUGCGACAUCAAGCCACAGAAUGUCCUUCUGACAGGGAAUGAGGCUCACCUUGUGCUGAAGGUGGUAGACUUUGGACUGGCCAAAGUACUGACAGGAUCGGAAAACAGUGUUAACAACUUGAGUCGUUCCUACAUGAAAUCUGCUGUGGGAACAAGAUUUUACCUUUCACCUGAAAUAUACCAAUGUCUGCUUAAUGACCAGCCGUGUCACUACACCAGUUCAGUGGACAUCUUCUCAAUGGGAAUGCUGUUGUGGGCCAUGUUUGAUGGACUAAGUAUUCUGGGUUCAUGCCAACAAGAUCGCUACCUAACACCUUUUACGGGUUCAGAGACAGACCCAAUGCCUGUAGCCCAAGCUCUCACACAGGGCAACAUUGAGCUCAAUUUCAUGGAAAGUGAACAGGACGUACGGUGUAAGAACCUUGUCUGCUGAAUGCUGAAUAGGGAUCCAAAGGAGCGACCAGGGGCCAAAGAGGUCUUGGACAUAUUAGUACAAGGAUACGGUGACUAUCGGGUAGGGCGAGGAGUUGUGCGAAUAGCCUGGGAUGAUGAUGUUAAUCGCAGCUGUGCACCAUUUUCUUGCAUAGGAACUUGUCCUAAGUUCCCGCCAUGUUUUAACAUAGGAACUGCUCCUAAGUGCCUGCCAUGUAUUAACAUACAAAUGUAGGAAUUGCUAUUAAGUGCCCACCAUGUUCUUGCAUAGGAACCUUUCCCAGCUGCUCAUCCUGCAGAAGUAGUUUGUCAGAUGGUGGGUACAAGCGUUUCAUAUACCCAAUUAGUUGUCCCCAUUUCGUUUUUGGCAUGUACACCAGUAGGACUAAUCUUAGGUCCAAUUCACUUGUUAUGGGCUAUACCUGUUGUGCUUUUAAUCUGUUUGCUAUGCUGUUUAGGAAUCACCUUUAAGGCUCCAUGUUGUAGGUCUGUUCUGAAUGCCGACUACACAUGAUGAUGUGAUUGCUAUAAUUGAAAGAGUUUUGAGAUCUCAUACCUCCAUGAAAUAUUUUGUGCAUAUGUUGUUUUAUCGUUUU